AUGGCAGGAAGCAGUGCUGACGCAGCCAACUCCACAUCGGGUUUCGUCACGGCGCUGAUCUUGUACGGUAUCCUGUUUGUGGUGUAUCUAGCGGCUUUCGUGAAUUUGAGACCCCGCCAGCCACGGGUGUACCAACCCCGUUCCAUCAAGGAGAUCAUCACAGUCCGUGAAGAAGAACGUACAGAAUCGGUCCCAGAUGGGUAUUUCACCUGGGUCCGCUACCUCAUGUCAAAACCCCACUCCUUCAUCAUCCAGCACGCAGGACUCGACGGGUAUCUGUUUUUGCGCUACCUCGCCGUGUUUGGAUCGAUCUCCCUCGUCGGCUGUAUCAUCAUCUUGCCCAUUUUGCUACCAGUCAACGCAACAAACGGAAAAAACUACAAGGGAUUCGAGUUGCUUGCAUUUGCAAACGUUACAAACAAAAACCGGUUUUACGCUCAUGUGUUUUUGUCGUGGAUUUUCUUUGGCCUUGUGAUCUAUACCAUUUACCGUGAAUUGUACUACUACGUCUCUCUCAGGCACGCAGUUCAAACAAGUCCAUAUUACGACGGACUUAUUUCCUCAAAAACCGUGGUGCUCACUGACCUUUCAUCGGAUUUGCGUAACGAGUCGGAGAUUCAGCGUAGAUUCGAAAACUGCAAUAGGGUCACUUUUGCUCACGACAACACUGAGCUACAGCAGCUCGUUGCCGAGCGUUCUAAGCUAGCCUCCAAAUAUGAAGGUGCUAUGAACAAGGUGAUUAGAAAAUCCUUGAAAAUCAGAAGAAAGGCUGAGAAAAAAGGAAAGCUGGAUGAGCUCAUUGGUAGCAAACCAGAAGAUGACCUACAAACUUACAUUCCUCAAAAAAAGAGACCAACAUUCCGCUUAGGCAAAAUUCCUUUGCCGAUCAUUGGUGGUCAGAAAGUGGACACUUUGGAAUAUUGCAGCAAGCGCAUCGGGGAGCUCAAUGAAGAAAUCGAGAAGCAACAACAAGCAUGGGACACCCGUGACAAAGUUGGUGCUUGCUUCAUGGAGUUUAAGGGUCAAUUGGAUGCUCAACGUGCGUUCCAGUCCGUGAAAUAUAUCCUAGACAAGGGCUCUUACGACAAAUGCUUGAUUGGAACCUCGCCCGACGAUAUUGCGUGGGACACUCUUGGCAUGUCCAAACAUGUCAGACGUUCUAAGCGUGGUGUGGCCAACACGGUAUUGACUCUGAUGAUCAUUUUCUGGGCUAUUCCCGUGGCUUUUGUGGGUUUCGUUUCAAACAUCAACUUCUUGAUUAAAACCCUGACAUUUCUCAAAUUCAUCAACAACUUGCCCAAGGUUCUUCUCGGUUUGAUCACAUCCAUUUUACCCACUGUUUUACUCGCUUUAUUGAUGUCUUUGGUGCCCGUUUUCAUCAAAAAAAUGGGUGCCAUUAGCGGUUGCAGUAGUUUACAGGAGCGAGAGUUAUACUGUCAAGUAUGGUACUAUGCUUUUCUUGUCGUGCAAGUGUUCAUCGUUGUUACUUUGGCCUCCUCAGCUUCCUCUACUAUAACGUCAAUUAUAGAUGAUCCAAGUUCUGCAAUGACACUUUUGUCACAAAAUUUGCCUAAGGCCUCGAACUUCUACAUUGCCUACUUUUUACUUCAAGGUCUCGUUUUUCCUAGUGGAGCCUUGCUGCAAAUUGUGGGUCUCAUUCUCAGCAAAGUGUUAGGAAGAAUUUUGGACUCAACGCCUAGACAGAAAUGGGCUAGGUACAAUACCUUGGCAAAGCCAAGUUGGGGUGUUAUUUUCCCUAGCAUCGAAUUUAUGGUUUGCAUCUUCAUCUGCUAUUCCAUCAUAGCACCUAUUCUGAUGAUUUUCUCCACCGUGGCCCUUGCGUUAUUUUACCUCGCCUACACCUACAAUUUGAACUAUGUCCUCGGUUUUUCAUUUGAUAUGAAGGGGAGAGCAUACGCAAGAGCCUUAUUUCAGGUUUUUCUCGGUCUUUACUUGUCAGAAGUUUGCCUGUUAGGGCUUUUCAUCAUGGCAAAAACUUGGGGACCACUGGUCAUUGAGGCUGUGUUCAUUGGGUUCACCGUGUUGUGCCACUUGUAUUUCCAAAGAAGGUUUAUUCCACUUUUCGAUGCUGUUCCUUUGAGCGCCAUCAAAUAUUCUAGAGGCGAAAGCACGUUUUUCUAUCCCGCCAAGGACCAAGGUCUCAGUGAAAUCAACGGUACCGGUGAGGAGCUCAAACGCAAACUAGAUGAAAGCGAAACCGGUGGUGCCAUCCAACCCGCAACGUCUGCCGAUCUCAAGAAGGCUGGCAUUCUUUCAGACGAUGACGACGGAGAGGCGGAGAAGGAGUUCGACUCAGAGAGAAAACGCCAAUCUUCCAACUCGAGUAAAGAUAACGCUGAUCCGGAAGAACCCAAUUUUGUUCCUGAAGAUGAAGAGUUCCACAAGUACAGUUAUAAGGACGUGCAAAACCUGAAUACCAACGACCAGACCAAGCAUGACAUUGAUGCCAACGGUGCUGUGGUGACGAAUGCGGACGCAGGCAAUGUGUUUUCCGAUGCUAACGCUGUUACUAAAGAUCCUCGCGCUUUCCCACCAGAUGUAUCUUACCACAGGGGAUGGAAGGAGAGAAUCGCUUACCUGUUCCAGCCACACAAAAGUUAUGAAUUUUCCAGUGUGCGCAAGAGUCUUCCAUAUGUGCUAAACUCAACUGUGAAAUAUGACAAGGACUUUUUGGAGACUGCAUACACAGACCCCUCUGUCACAGACCCGGCGCCCAAGCUGUGGAUCGCUCGUGAUCCUCUUGGAUUAUCGACUCAGCAGAUACUUCUCGCAAGAACUAAUGGAGUUGAAGUUAGCGAUGAAUUUACCGGCUACGAUGAAAAGAGCAGAACGACGUUCAACUUCCAUCCACCUGAUUAUGAGCCUGUGGCCAAACGCUGA